AUGUUUUGCUCCACUUGCGUCUCGCUGGUCGGUGUGAUUUCAGCCUUGAUGCUCUUAAGUUAUUUGGGUUUCGUGAUCAUUUACGUUCCCGUCUACCGCUAUUUAGCCAUCACUGUGCUGUUGCUGUUGCUUUCGUACAGGCUUUCAGUUUGGCGAUUCCUGCCAACAGAACGGGCGCACGUGCGGCGACUGGCAGAAAAAAUAGUCGAGAGGCGACGCGCCUACGCUUUGCCAACCUCUGAGGAGCUGAGGAGUGAUGUCGGUGCUAACGCUUUAUAUGUCCCCGCUGCCCCUUAUUUAUAG